AAACAUUCUGCAUGACUGAUCAAGGUCAGAGUUCAGGGAAUAGGACCAUACGAGACGUGCACGUACACCGGCUUCAGUUGUAGAAGAUAAACAGCGUUGACAUCUGUGAGAGGAAUAAUAAUACAGAAUCUCAACAACCUCAUAAUGUCACAAGCAACGGGGGACAUUGCCCUGAUUGGCCUGGCGGUUAUGGGUCAGAAUCUGAUUCUAAACAUGAAUGACCAUGGCUUCACAGUUGUUGCAUUUAAUAGAACUGUAGAAAAAGUGGAACAUUUUUUACAAAAUGAGGCCAAAGGAACAAAGGUCAUCGGGGCAAAGUCACUAGAGGACAUGGUCAGUAAACUGAAGAAGCCGAGGCGGGUCAUGCUGCUGGUCAAGGCUGGUCAAGCGGUGGACGACUUUAUCCUCAAACUGGUCCCAUUAUUAGAAAAAGGAGAUAUAAUUAUUGAUGGAGGAAAUUCAGAAUAUAAAGAUAGCAAUAGGAGAUGUAAGGCUUUGGCUGCCCAGGGUCUUCUGUUUGUGGGGAGUGGUGUAUCUGGGGGUGAGGAUGGAGCAAGGUAUGGCCCCUCCCUCAUGCCUGGGGGAGCAGAACAAGCAUGGCCAGCCAUCAAAGAUAUCUUUCAGUCCAUAUCAGCAAAGGCAGGGAAGGAGCCGUGUUGUGACUGGGUUGGACCAGAUGGAGCGGGGCAUUUUGUUAAGAUGGUACACAACGGUAUUGAGUAUGGUGACAUGCAGCUGAUCUGUGAGGCAUACCACCUGAUGAAGGACGCGCUAGGGAUGUCACAGGCAGAGAUGGCCGAUACAUUAGAUGAAUGGAACAAAGGGGAGCUGGACUCUUUCCUGAUAGAAAUCUCACGAGAUAUUCUACGAUUUAAAGACAAAGAUGGACAGUACCUGCUGGAGAAGAUCCGGGAUACAGCAGGACAGAAAGGAACAGGAAAGUGGACAGCUAUCUCUGCCCUUGAAUAUGGAGUUCCUGUUUCUCUUAUUGCUGAGUCUGUGUUUGCUAGAUGUUUAUCAUCACUACAAGGGGAGAGAAUUGAAGCUAGCAAACAGAUACAAGGUCCAAGUAAAACAAAAUAUGAAGGAGACAAAAAGCAGUUUAUAAAUGAUAUCAAAUAUGCUCUGUAUGCCUCUAAAAUAGUUUCCUAUGCCCAAGGUUUUAUGUUAAUGAGGGAGGCAGCUAAAGAGUUUGGAUGGAAGCUCAACUUUGGAGGAAUUGCCUUGAUGUGGAGGGGUGGAUGUAUCAUUAGAAGUGUGUUCUUGGGAAAUAUCAAGGAAGCUUUUGACAAGAACCCGCAGCUGAGUAAUCUUUUACUGGACGAUUUCUUCAAGAAGGAGGUCCAGAAAUGUCAGGAGUCGUGGAGGAAGGUGGUGGCGUCGGCGGUGACCCUUGGGAUUCCCACCCCCGCUUUCAGCACCGCCCUGGCUUUCUUUGAUGGAUACAGAUCUGCUAGACUACCUGCUAAUCUCAUCCAGGCCCAGAGGGACUACUUUGGUGCCCAUACCUAUGAACUGCUGGACAGUCCAGGAAAAUUCAUCCACACAAACUGGACUGGUCACGGAGGAAAUGUAUCAUCCACGACGUACCAGGCAUGAGCUCUCACUGAUCAACUAUCAGCUCAUCUUUAAACCAGUCAAUGUUACAUCAACAUUACUUUCAACAUCACUUGGGAAACUGAAAGAAUUCUUAAAUAAUAAUUUAUAUCAUUGUUACAAGCCCAGCUCUCAUCUGUAAAUACUGAUAUUAUAUUUUUUACAAGAACAUUUGAAGACAUAGUAUGAACAAAUUUAUUGAACUUCCUUAAUGAAAAAGGAAAUGGUGCACCCCUGUUGAUCACAUUUUCUAUUUGUGAAGCCUUGUACUUUUAUUAUUGUAUAUGUUAUGCUUUUGUUGUAUUUCUUUUAUAUUUAGGAUAUUUAUAUUUCUUUCUCAGUCCAGAAUAUUAUCGAUCUCUCUUCUACAAUGACUUACACAUUUAUUUCAUUGACACAAAAAAUAAAUAAAUCUUAAACUUUGAAAA